UUUUUACAAGAGGGAAUCGACGAGUACCAAAAAUUUCUGUACAGAAAAAAAGCAAACACAAGCAAAGAAGAAGCGUCCGACGAGAAAAAAUUAAUUUCCAAUGUUUUUUAUAAAUCAAUUUAAUUAACAAAAUAAUAAAUAUACAAUAUAAAUACAACUAUUAAUUAAAAACAAAGAAUUUCAUGGAAAUACCAAAAAAAUAAAAUGAAAGUUUAGAAAAGAAAACGUAAAAUAAAAAAUUGCAAAAUCCGUGGAUGAAGAAAAAAAGAAUCGAAAAAAAAUUUUCACUUUUUGUGUAAUGUGAGUGAAGUAGAUGGAAAAAGGUUAAGAAAACCUCUCAAAAGUUUUGUGGAAAUAAAUAAUUAAAAGUGGAACAAACUAAAUUAAAAUUUAUGAAAAUUUGUCUAUUAUUAAAAUUUCUAACAAAAACCAAUUGAAUAAUAGUGAAAAAUAAUUGUAAAAUUCUUGCAAAGAAAAAGCAAUAAACAGCUUUACACAAGAAAAUCACUGAAGCGUAAAAAAAAAAAAAUCCUUGGAACCCAAAAUAAACAUUAACAACAUGUUAUUGAUAUUAAACAUUUAAAAAAUUCCAUUUAAUAGCAACAAAAAUCCAGCUGGGCCCACAUAACCCAGGUCAACUUGGUUUUUUUUUGUUCUCCAUAUAGUUUAUCUGUCAUAUCCAGUCAAAUAUUAAAACAGAAAUUACAAACUGCAAUCAUGGAGCUAGAGGAAUUAUCAAAUCUUAGCAAAAAUGAUUUUUUGCCCUUAAUACCAUCGAUUAAGCAGGAACAAUUGGAUACCGCUAUGUCUGAUAUGGAUACGCAAGAACAUUUAUCAGCCUCGACAUCUGCUGCUGCAGCUUCCACAUCCUCGUCCUCAUCUUCCAUAGUCAAUCACCCAUGUGAUAGUGCUGAGAAAAGAUCUGAAUCUACAUCGACCUCAAUAUCAUCGAAUAUUUCCAAACCCAUUGCAACAAAAUGUGUAUUUUGCGCACAAACAUUGGGCAUCAAUGAUCGGCCCAAAUUGCUAGAAUGUUUACAUGUCACCUGUUCACAGUGCAUGAGUACGAAAUUUGCUGAGCUAGAUCGUACUAUGCCACCCCUAAUACACUGUCCCAUUUGUAAUAUGGCCUCACAGAAUGAAUUCAUUAUUGAUAAUCAAUUUCUAAUUGAACAUUGCACCGGUGCUGGUGACAUGUCCUCGGAUCCCAAUGAUUCAAGUGGUUCAAAGGCCUCAGCCAACAUACCGUGCAGCAGUUGCUCGGACAACAACAUAGCCACAUCGUGGUGUGUCGACUGUUCCGAAUACAUAUGUGAUAGUUGUGUGCAGGCUCAUCAACGUUUAAAAAUAACCAAGGAUCAUACGAUCAAACCCAAAGAGGAGGCUAACAACGAACAAAUGCCCAGUUCGGCCGUUGACAAAUUGCACAUGUGCAUAUUGCAUCCUCAGGAGAAGCUGUCGCUGUAUUGUGAGACCUGCGAAAAACUAACAUGUCGAGAUUGUCAGCUUAGCGAUCAUCGUGAUCAUAAAUAUAAGUUUGCUCAUGAAAUUGCCACCGAAACAAGACACGCAAUUACCUCCAUGGUAGCGGAAAUCAACUAUAAACGUUUCUUACUCACCUCGGCCAUGCAAGUCAUUGCCGAACGACAGAAAGUCAUUUCGGACAAGAAGAAAGAAUUGAUCAAAGAAAUAACCGCCAUGGUUGUGACAAUAACAAAUACGGUUAAUAUGCGUGGCAAACAGUUGGUGAUGCGUUUGAAUGAAGUUUGCGAUGGCAAAUUGAAGUUGUUGGUAGACAAGCGGGACUCUCUCAUUUCACUUUCCGAUAAUACGGACUAUUGUAUUGAUUUUAUUGCAAAUGUCUUGGAUAAGGGCAGCGAUUAUGCUAUACUCUCGAGUAAAAAGUCAUUGGUUAGACAUUUGCAAAAGCUUAAGUGUCAACGAGCCGAUAUACCUAAUCCUGAUAUACCGUUGCGUAUCGAUUUACAAAUGUGUCAAAUACAACAAUUACAAAAAGAAAUUUCACGCCUUGGAAACAUUCUCGUCGAUGGUAAACCAUAUCCACCACAACCAUCACCACCACCCCAACAGCAACAGCAACAACGUCAACAACCAAGUCCCAAUAUGGCACCACCUCUACGACCUGGUAUGCCGCCGGGAAUGCAAGCUGGGAUGUCGCCGGGUGUACCGCCGCCACCAGGAGGAUUUGGUCCACAAAAUGGUCCUGGCCUAUACAACAGCAAUUCACCGCAACAACAUGUGCACAACAUGCAAAUGAAUCGUAAUUUUGCUGGUGAAGGGCCAGGUAAGGUACGUUAUGGUGGUCUGCCGCCCUCAUUAGCAAUGCAACGUCAAGGGCAGCCUCAUGUUAGUUCCUCAACACAUCCACAAAAUAUGGACAUAAGCCUUAGAGGUUUAUUAAAUAAUCAAGCUGCUCAAAGUCCUAAUCAACCGCCACAUAUGCCACCCUUCAAUGGACCGCCUAGUUAUCCGGGUGGACCACAGGGAGCACCAUCGCCACAACAAAUGGGUCCACAAAUGCGUCAGCAUUUUAUGGGCGGUCCACCGGGUCAGCAGCAUCAGAAUUACGCACCCACGCCGCCUGGUGGACCAAAUAAUCCAAACUUUAUGAAUAACAGCGCAGCAGCAGCGGCCGCAGCACGUUUCCAAUCAUACCAACGUAUGUCAAGUCAUGUCCAACAACAAGCGGCCGUAGCUGCCAUGGCCUCAUCGGGUCAGGGUCAAAUACCCUCGCCAAAUGCCAUGCAAAGACCACAGAUGCACCACAAUCCCAUGCAAAAUAACAUGGGGUUUCACGGAAGCCAGCCUGGUUUUAAUGCCGGCCACCCGCAAACGUCACCACAAUUAGGUGGCGGAGGCGCAGGAGGCGGAGCCGGCGGUAGUAGUGGUAUUCACAUGGCUAAAUGGCAUAUACCUCAAUCUGCUCAAAGUAAUUGUUGCUCUCAACAAGGGCCCAAUUUGAUGAGGUUUGUCAAUGGUCAUCAAACAGAAAAUUUUAAAAUCUCAUUAAAAUCACCAAAUACUCUUAAGAAUACAACACCUCCCACAACAGGCAGUUCAGCUGGUCAUGGCAUGCCUGGUGGCGGUGGAGGUGGCAAUGUUUCCGCACAUGGCAAUAAUUCUAUAUUAAAUGCUGCUUCGUUGGGCUUAAGUCCCGCUGUUUCUAUCCUGCCAAAUGUAACAUCAACCAAUCCUAAAACACCGAGUCCUAGUACACAUGAGACCUCUAAAGAUUUCACUGAGCCUAUCGAUAAAGUACGGGAUGAUUCCAUUAAUGAUUUAAUGGCCACUAUAGCUAAAUUAGAUUCCAAUGGUGUGCAAGUAUUGCCCGAAGGACGUACAAAAACAACAUCUCCACAGGUUCACAGUUCCACAGAUUUAUCAAACACACAGGAAGUUCAUAAUACAAAAACUACUGAAAAAGAUGAUCCAAAUGAAGAUUGGUGUGCCGUUUGCUUGGACGGUGGCGAACUAAUGUGCUGCGAUAAAUGUCCCAAAGUAUUCCAUCAAAACUGUCAUAUUCCUGCUAUAUCAUCCCUACCCGACGAGAGUGAAAGUUGGCAAUGUUUGCUUUGCGUGAAUCUCAAGGAAUUGGCCAGCAAUCCUGAUAAUCUACAAAAGAAUCCUGGAGAAUUAAGCCGUCUGGAAUUGCAAAUAUUACAACGCAUCUGUCUGGAAUUGUUCUGCCAAUACGAGCAGAGUUUACAUUUCCGUGAACCGGAACCACCAUCAAAUACAACAUAUUAUGAAAUUGUUUGCAACCCCAUGUCUUUGGAUGUUAUACGCACACGUUUGGAUCCUUCUAGCCAGAAUCAUUACAAGGACAUUUCUUCUUUUAUAGCUGAUGUUCGCUUGAUUUUUAAGAAUACUUAUCUAUUCUAUCAAGUGAGUAAUAUGGAGGAUUCCAAAACCUUUACAAAUGCCAAAUAUUUGGAAAAUUUCUUUGAAGAACAAUUGGCAAAAUGGCUACCAAGCUAUGCAAAUAAAUCAAUCAAUACCAAUAAUGCCAACAGUAUAUUGAACAGUGGUCCGGGCAGUGCACUAUCAAAUGGUAACAACAGCAAUUCAGCUUCAACAUCCGCCUCACCAGCACCCGGUGCACCAUCGCCCUCCCUGGAGAAUGGCGGCCGCAAAAGCACCAACUCAGCCAUGUUAAAUAUGAAUACAAAUAGUAAUGGCAGCAGUGCAUCAACACAUCGUUCCGAUGACAACAUCGAUGAUGGGUGCAAUCCGGCCAAGCGACAGCGCAAACAAACUGAAUAGGGUAAGAUUAUUGAUGAAGAAAAUCUCAAUAUAUUUAUGGAAAUUUUACAGAAAAUAUAGCAUUAUGCCAAUGUGCAACAAAUGCAACAAGAUAAUACAUGAUAGAAGAAUAAUAAUACAUUAUUUGAUAUAUUUAAACAACAAUACUAAAAACAAAAAUAAAAUCUCUUAAUGUAAUGUGAAAUAAAAAAGAUGAAUUGAGAAACAAAAAUAGCAAGCCAAAUACGUUUAUUUAUAACGUAACACUAUUAUGGUCAUUUAAAAUAAAAAUAAAAACUUUCAUAUCAAUUUCUUAAUUAAGAAAAUUUGAAUUAAAAUAAAACAGCAAACAAAAAAUAAUUUAAAAAAAACAAACAGGAAAGACAAAGUUUAACUUUAAUUUUAGAAAAACAACACCCAAGCAAAAUAAAACAAUUUUUAAGUCUUAUUGAAACAACAAAUUAAGACUAAUAAAGUUAUUGUAAAUUGAACUAAAUAAUAAAUAAUAAAACAUCUUAACUACAUACACAUAUUAAAGUAUAUUAUGAAGUAAACAGUAAAAUAAAAAAAGAAAAUAAAACAAA